AUGCAUAAGUUGACCUUGAUACUGGCACGAGGCGGUCAAGUCGUCUUUGUAUCUGCGGCGCCAGAGGUGACUGCCCACCCUCGUCUCCAGGCGUCAUCGUGUCUGAUUCGUCCAGUCGGCCGACCAAGUGUACCUCGGGCUAUGGCCGUCGAAACGCUGAUCUGGCCGGGGCGACUCAAGUCGGCUGCUCACUUGUGUCGUCAACUGAACAGUGCCCCGGCAGACUUCUUGCAGACCAGUGGCCCCUGA